GCGUCGCCUGAUAAAGAAGAGACAGAAACUUACGAACAAUAUAUAGAGAGGAAGCUUAACAGACCGCUCACCAAGAAUGAUUGGAAGCGCCUGAUCAACAACAAAGACAUGAAGAAAGUGCUAGAAGAAAGCACCAAUUCAUCUGGCUUCGAUGUGGCGCUGCUGUUCAGUCUUAUUUGUGCCUUUCAUGAAAUAUCACCGCGGAAGGAUAGUAAGGAGGAGCAGGAAGCUUUCGCUUCUUUCAAAGAAGUUAAAGAACUCAGAAAUGUGAUAAUGCACAAUACCAGUGACCUAGAAGACCAAGGAAAAGUAGAAGAAAUAAAAACAGCUCUUACUCAAUUGGUAACCAAGUCCUCAAUCACUUACGAGGUUUCUGAAUCGGAUACAAAUAAGGUACUUAAAGAUAUAAAAAAGAGAAUCAAACAGAUCCUCACACCAAUAGUCAUCUCACAAUUCGAGGACAACCAGGUCCCGAAAGAAAAGUUAAGAGCCUAUGUAAUCACUCAGAUUUUAAUCGAAGGGAAAAGGGCUUGCCGUGACUACUUCAAAUGUAUUCUUAAGGAGAAACUGUUGUUCGAUACUAAAACCUCUCAGUCAACGGAUCUUUUCAAUGGAAUGAAAAUCUUCGAGAAUCUUGAAUUUGUUGAACACAAUAAGCCCGAAUCAUCUAAUUCUCAACCCGUAGAUUCAAGUCAACUUUUGAGCAUGGAUGCGCAAGUAGUUAUCCUCAUUGGAGCAACGGGUUGUGGAAAAACGACAUUGCUUAAAAACUUAACUUUACAGUUCUACGAAGCAGCGAAGAACGAGAAUUAUUUAUCACCGUUUCAACUACUAAUCUACUACGAUUGCUCCGACAGAGCAGCUACUAGCCUGGAGGACGUCGUGGAGCACUGUCUUCGUAAAAUGUGUCUCGAACUAAGUGCUUCAGAGAUUGUUCAAGGAAUCCUAAGCCUGAAGACGUUGUUCCUCGUCAAAGGAUGCGAUGACCUGAACAGAGACUCGUCUCGUGUACUAGAAGACUUACUUCGGAAAGUCCGGUUUACGGAGUGCAAAAUUCUCAUAUCAACCAUUUCACAACAAGUGCCGGAACUUUCAUCUCUCGUCAAAAAGUUAGGCCUAAAUGAAACUGGUUUCAGAAUGAAGCCUAUCAAAAACCCAAAUGAUCAGAAAACAUUACUACUGAGCUACUGUGGAACUCAGAUUGAGGACAAGAAAAAAGAAGAAUUGCUAAAAAAAUUUAAUGAAUUGAAUAAGAACGUGCGAGAUUGUUUCCAAUCGCCGGUGAGUUUGCAGUAUCUGUGCCAAGAACUUCUGAAGGAUAAACCCAGACUAUGUAAAACGACGAAAGUGACCAAGGUUGCCCCAGAUCUCUAUUUAUUAUAUAGAAAAUUACUGGAGUGCAAGUUGCAGCGACAGGGAACUUUCAAUUGCAAGGGGCUGAGUGAUGAUUUGCUCGUGGUCAUCGGAGAAUUUGCAGUGCAACAAAUUCAUAGUCGAAUGAACACCAUUUCGGAGGAACAGCUGUCUAGGCUGGAACGCCUUUGCCGCCAGGAGUUGAAGAACUAUGACGCUGCAGGAAGUGUAAGCGCUCACCUGGCUGCUGACAUCGUUCUGAUACAAAAAGGAAAUACCCACUCUUUUCAACAUGAGAGCGUUCAAGAAUACUUCGCAGCGAAAUAUAUUGUGCGUCGCAUGUGUGACACGCCCGACUCUUUGGAAUCUAUCAUGAUGUGGCGACCGAAUCCCACGAGAAGGUAAAUCAAAUCUUGUUAAAAACAUUCUACCCACUUCCUCUGCGCAGCAUGAUUUGUUAGCAUAAAUUCAAUACCAUUUCUCAUGACGGUGAGAAAAUUCCUUCAAUACACAAUUUCAAAUUAUUCUGUACCCAUUUACUUGUGAU